GGUUGGACGAAAUUGUCGAACUUCCUACAUCAACUACUGCCAACUGCCAACAAGCAGAGGUUGGGUGUCACCACCGCAGACUCAUUUCAGUGACAGCGUCACUCAGGGUGCCAUGGACUCUGGGGACAAGGAGUCACAGCUGCACUGUGGGCAUGGUGACCUACGCGGAGUUCUGGGGCUUUUUGUGCAAGCUCUGCUGGCCCUGUUGGCCUUCACUUCCCUCAUAGUGAAAAGAUACUGUGAGCCCAAACAUUCAAGGCGACCAUGGAUGAUUUGGUUUUUUGACACUUCUAAGCAGGGAGUUGGUGCUGCAGUCUUACAUUUCGCAAACUUAUUUCUCUCAGAUGUCUUCAAGGGAGAUCCAUGCACAUGGUAUUUCAUCAGCUUCCUUCUGGAUUCUACUGUUGGCCUUUUAGUGAUCUACUUGGGUCUCAAGAUGUCCCAGAUGGCUUCACAUCGUUAUGGCUGGAAAACACUCUACUUUGGGGAAUAUGGUGAUCCCCCAAAGUGCAACGCAUGGGUUGGCCAGUGCGCCCUCUACAUCCUUGUCAUGAUCAUUGAGAAACUUCUCAUGACAAUAUUGGUGCUCUUCAAGUUUUGGAUGAAGGUGCGCCAGUUCAUCAUGUCUCCUAUCACAGACCCACAGCUGGAGAUUGUCCUGGUCAUGUUCAUAGUGCCCCUCAUCGUCAAUGCCAUUGUUUUCUGGGUGGUGGACAACUUCCUGAAGCAUUCUAUCCAGAGUGCUAAGACCAUUUACAUCGACACAGCUCCAGAGGGUCGGGUGAAAUAUUUCCAUAACACGGACUCUGUCAAAUGCUACAGCCGCAUCGAGAAGAAUGAUGAGGCAGACUGUGACAUGCUCUUGUCCACCGAUGACGACGGAGACGUCAGACAUCGGCCCACAGAUCCCUCAGAGAGGUUGAUCAGAUGAUGAUGGACAUGUGUCAUGUAUUCGAUACUGUCUGUGCAGAAAUACAAGUUAGUUUCUGUACACUUGUGUACCUUGCCUGUGGUUUUAGUUAAACACCUUUGCUGUUGGUUGAAAAGAUGAAAAGAAAUGUUUUCAAAUCGCCGAUAGCACACUUUCAUAGGCAUGAUGGUACAACAGAAGUAGUUCCGACAACUUUUGUGAUAUUUUCAAGCAUAAGGAAUUUUAAUAUAGAUCUAGUGCUAAUCUAUCAGUGGCGAGUCUAUGACUAAACUUUUACAGGUUCCACAGUAUUUAAGUUUCAUCUUUCAUUGUAAUCUUACAUGUAUUUGUUAUGGGCAGAGAGAUGUAUUAGUGCAGCUAAGUUGAAUGUGAACUUUCUCGUUGCCUAGUGCUGUAUAGAGUCUCUAGGGAUGAGAUGGGACCCAAUUGCUCUCUUUGGUCUGAAUAUGAAUAAUAAAGCACAAAUGUAACAUUAAACCACAAUGACACAGCCCUGAACGUCUUGACCCCACGGUGUCAACAGUAAGCUGAUGUAUUAAAGAAGUAUUGGCGCAUGGAUGUAUAUAUAUGUAUGUAUUGGAAAGACAAAAUUGGGGUAAUCAGGGUAACAAAUUUACCCUAAAAUCUUUGAUACUCAUAGGUGGGAGGAUGUUACCCCUUACUACCAGUGAACUACAGCGAAUUCUUGCAUAGGUGAAAAUUGCUUUUCUGCUUCUUCAUGGAAACCCAUUAAGCGAGUUCAGACCUUUUGUGUAUUUUGUUUGUUAGAUUGUGUUGUUGAUGCUGUGGGGGUAAGAUGGUUUCAGUCGCUUCGAUAAAAGCUGAAAUUGCGUUUUUCUGUCUAGUUAUUGGGUUUUUAAAAAUGUUAAACACGCUGGGAUUAGCUUUGAUGUUUGCUUUUUUUUGUCGACUUGACUGAGUUUGAAAUCACUGGUAUUGUUGUAUCUGUGUGUCAUACUGGCCAUGAUUAUACAAUUAGUCUUAAAUGACACUGACGUGUUGUAUCAGCCAUGGAGACAAUAUUUUUAAUAUUCCAGUUACACAACACGUGAUCAUACGAUGUCUGUGUAUCAUUUUGUUGUUGUUGUGAUUGUCCAUUUUGCCAUUUGAAAGUUCAAUCUGUUGUCUUGUUCUUCUUACUGAAGAGCUUUGUUGUUGUUAUUUCCAGUAUGUCACUACAAUGAAUCAGAACUGCUGGUAUCAAACGUGGAUUUGUUGUCUGCUCGUGGCUGCUGCCUCAUGCUUGACAAUUUACUGUGCUACAUGAUAUCUGUGUGUGUUUGUGAGUGUGUGUGUUUGUGUAUUUGUGGUGUGGAAGCACAGGUAGCAGGUAGCUGUUUGUAUGCCUAUGUGCACAGCAUGUGUGUGUGUGUGUAAAUGUGUGACUGUAGCAUUGUGUAUGACCAUAACUUGUUGCAAGUGAGCUUUUGUAAACAAGACUGGUCAGCUCUUUUAUCGUUAAAAUUUUUUUUGUUGCCAGUCAUUAUUAUGCUUCAGCUAUCUUGCCAAUGGGAUAAACUCUAACCAUUGAGCUAUAAUGUAACGCUUUCUGGGUGUUUUGAGCAUGAUGCAGGGCUUUUUUUUUCAGUGGUGAGUAAGAUGGGCAACCAUCUUGCAGGUUUUUAAAAAAUUUACAAUCUGGUAUCGGGAAUCUCUCUGGGUAUAGCGUUUUGCUCUUUGGUUCAUAGUGGCGUAAAAUGUUAAGGCAUCCGGUAUUUUCACAACAUGUGGGAAAAAAAAUGUACGUGCAAAAAUUACGUGCUUUUUCACAUGUUUUUAACUUUGGACCAAUCAGUGAACAGCUGGGUCAUGCCAGAGGGUGUAUAUAAAGAGACUAUCUGCCCUCUGGCCAUGCCUGCCUUCCUUCUCUCACUCUCUCAAUAAGAAUGGUGGAUGCCAAUCCCCAUCCCUUCGAAGUGGGACGAAUUUUUUAAUCGUAUUGUGAGUUUGAGGAAGAAAUUCGGACGUACUGCAGUAUAAAGUAUGUUUUCAGCAAAAAAUCCUUGAAAUCAGUCACUGCCAAGAACAACACAAUCAAAGACGAGUCGAAACACUACCCGGCGGAGUGGCAGUACUUCAAG